AUUUCGAUAUUGACUUCUCGUCGUCGUUUUUCUGCUGGAACUGGCGCAAGGGCUACUUACAUGGAAAGUUACGUAUGUACCACACUCUGUCGAUUUGAACUUGUUUCUGUUCCUCAUCACUAGCAGGUCUUUCUAAAUCAAGUAUCCGUUAGUCUUCCCGGUCGGGGUCUCUCAGAAUAGUUGUAGUAAACUCAGAAGCCCAUCAUGAAGUUUUCACAUUCCUUGUUGUUUUCUACGGUUCCUGAAUGGCAAUCCUAUUACGUCUCUUACGAUUCAUUGAAAGCAACGAUCUAUAAAAUCGAAAAGGAUCAAGCAUCAUCCCACCAAUCAAGCCUCCGACUCUCAAGCCAACCCUCCUCACAUCCAUCCCGACGUGAACCAGCUCAAUCUGAUUCUUCUAACAACGAAUUACAAGAUCACGAGAAUAACGAGUCAACUGGCUUACUACAGAACCACGACGGAUCACCCGAACAAGCUACCUCAAUCAUCGAACUCCAACCCAAUCCUCUCAAUCUCACCCCUUCUGAUCGGAUCUUCCUCGAAUUAUUAUCCCAAGAACUCGCAAAAGUCGAAGAGUUUUACCAGUCAAAACAACAAGAACUGUUUGAUGAACUCAACGGGCUGAUCAACGAGAUCGAGACGAUCGAGAAGCAAGGCAUGCAACUGAUCCAAGACAGCUUCAAUCAAUCAGCUCGGUCGACUGACGAGGCCAUCGAUGAUGAGGACGACGAUGAGGAUGACGAGGAGGAGGAAGAUAACGGCCGAGGCGAGGAAGGAACAUCGAAUCAGCCCCGUCGUGUCUCGCCCUCAACCAAGCGACAACAGUUGUUGAAAUCGGCCUCAAUCUUCGGAAUCUUACCCAUCCUCGGUUUCUCUUCCAAAGCUAGUCGGCCGACUCGCUCCACCUCGUUAAGUCGCUCGCGGGGCUCAUCGAAGAAUCCGACUCCGCACCGGGUCACGAAGAAUCAGAAUGCGCAUCUGAUCGAUGUGAAUCCGUCUACCUCUGUCACAGUCACCAAACCCACGUCGCCGACUUCCCCUUUAGCUCCUCAAUUUGCACCCCGUGCAUCUCUAUCCCUUGACGUCAGCACUCGUGCCAUCCAAGCUGACACAUCUCAACAUCGCUCCGCUAUCUCCAAAUGGCUCCCUCACUCGCCAAAAACCUCUAGAAGCUUGUCUCUUGGCUCUCAAACCGCUCACAGACGCCCCUCGCAGAACGUCCCUGCUCCAAACUUAUCCGAGUUUUGGAUGUCCAACGUCGAAUUCAUCCAUGAUUCUCGGGUGUUCUUCAAGAGACGAAUCACCCAAUUGUUUGUCAACUUGAACUCGUUGAAAACUUACAUCGAUUUGAACUUUACCGCGUUCCGAAAGAUCCUCAAAAAGUAUGACAAGGUUUUCGGAAGCUCACUCUCGUCUCACUUCUUGGAGGAAUGUUUACUCCAUCAAUCGAAAGCAUUCAAUCCUACCACGAUCUCUCAACUACAAGCCCAUCUGGACUCAUUGUUCCCGAUCUAUGCUCGUCUGAUCACUCAAGGGGAUGAAGAGAUGGCCCGAAAACAGUUGAACGCCCAUCUCAGAGAACAAGUGGUCUGGGAACGUAAUACGAUCUGGAGGGAUAUGAUUGGAAUGGAGCGUAAGGGAUGGGCGAAUUCGAGCAGGACAGUGAUCGACAAGCCGUUUGCGAGAACUAAUACUGGUAGUCUUGAUCCUACCCAAGCCUUGACCGCCAUCCCGCCGAAACCUAUGGGCUUUCAAGAGGCAUUCAAGAACUUGUUCAAGUUAGAAUUCUGGACCAAGAUUCUGUUCAACCCGUCCGUAUUCUGGUGUCUAGUAGCUACGUGCGGGUUCAUCCUGAGCAUGAAAUAUUCCAAUUUCAAAUCGGAACCCGAGCGGAACUGUCUGGCGAUGUUGGUGUUUGUGGUGGUUUUAUGGACCUCAGAAGCGCUCCCGUUAUUUGUGACAGGGAUGUUUGUGCCUCUAUUAGUGAUUGUGUUGCGGGUGAUUAGAGACAAGACUCGGGACAAUGAGCGGAUGGAUUCGAGCCAUGCGGCCGUCUUCGUGAUCGGGCAGAUGUUCAAUCCGACCAUCGUCCUCUUGCUCGGCGCUUUCACUUUGGCCGCCGUCCUCUCCAAACACAAUAUCGAUAAAGUCAUGGCAGCUAAAUUGCUUAGUCUUGCUGGCACCAAACCCAGGGCCGUCUUGUUUGCGUAUAUGGCUGUCACCUGCUUUGCUUCCAUGUGGAUCAGUAAUGUUGCAGCCCCAGUUCUCAGUUAUUCUCUUGCUCAGCCUAUAUUAAGAACAAUUCCAACUCGAUCACCAUACACAAGAUCUCUCAUCUUGGGUAUUGCAUUGGCGGCGGACAUCGGCGGGCAAGCCUCUCCAAUCGCCUCCCCGCAAAAUCUGAUUGCGCUUUCAUACAUGAGCCCGCCACCGUCCUGGAUAGUCUGGUUUUCGAUCGGGAUCCCGAUCUCUGCCUUGACGAUUAUUACCACCUGGGCCAUCCUAACAUGGUCGUAUGAGCGUGAAUUUAGUUACUCGAAAGGGACAUUUGAUUUGGAGGAAGAAGAUCCUGAAUUGCACCUUCUCGCCCCUCGCUCUAAGAAUAAUGAACCCAUCCUGUACAUCAAACCGAUCCCUAAUCCUAAGGACUCUUUCUCCCUUUCCCAAUGGUUCAUCUUGCUCGUCUCCUUCCUCACCAUCCUCCUCUGGUGCUUCGAAAAUCUCUUCCAUGGUUACUUCGGUGAUAUGGGCGUCAUUGCUUUGCUUCCCAUGAUCAUCUUUUUUGGGUCUGGUCUAUUGCGCAAAUCGGAUUUCGACAAUUUCCCAUGGUCAAUAGUCUUUUUAGCGAUGAGUGGAAUUGCGCUAGGAAAAUCGGUGUUGUCGUCAGGCUUACUAGACGACAUGGACGUGCUGAUCGAGCGGGGUUUGAAAGGCUUAAGUCUCUGGCCGAUCACCAUCCUCUUUGGGUUCCUGGUCUUGAUCAUCUCGACCUUCAUCAGCCACACCGUCGCGAGCGUCUUGUUGAUCCCCAUUGCAUUCGAAAUCGGGAACUCUAUGGAGGUCAAUCAUGCGCGAUUGUUGAUCUUCUUGACUACUUUUAUUUGUUCUACUGGCAUGGGCUUGCCCGUCUCUUCCUUUCCUAACCAGACUGCGGUUAACUUGGAAGACGAGUUUGGGACUCGCUAUUUGAGCUCGAAAGAUUUCCUCAAAUUCGGACUGCUUUCGAGCUUUUUCGGGUUUUCGAUCAUCUUGACUAUCGGCUUUAUGAUCCUUCUAGUCUUCGGUUAUUAAUCAUUCUUGCCCCCCCCCCCCCC